UCACUGACAUAAGUCUGAAAGAGGAAGAAGAGGAGGAGGAAGGAAGAGAGACAGUGGUAGGCCGAAGACGACAGGAACGGAGCUGUUCAGCAUGAGAGUGGAGGAAUAAACUGUUACAGAUCACCUUUGUGUCUGCAGACAUGUCCUCUCGUCCUGAGAGCAAGACAGCCUCUCAGCUUGCUCAUUCUCUCACCAUGAAACUGAAGGGAAAACUCAACACACAGCUAAUCAAACGCUCUGAGCGAGUUAAACACACCCCAUCACAGAGAGUCAAACCAUCGGAUCUGAACCUGAACCAGAACCAGAACCAGAACCAGUCUGUGGGUGUGUUAGAAGACCAACAGCGGGCCGUCAUCAGCUCUCUGCAGUACCUCAAAGCUCUGGUGGACAGACUGGGAGUGGACAAGCCUGGGGGAGACAAAUUGGUCAUGGACCAGUCUGUGGUCGGCGGCUUGCUGGGCGGAGCCUCUGGAAGAGUCUUGGAGGCGGUCCACACUCUGGUUCAACUAGAGCCACAGCUCCACAACAGUAAGACUGUCUCUGCCUGUCUUACUCGUCUCUACCGGUCCCUGGCUCAGCUGAUGCGCUGGGCAGAUCGGGUAGUGAUGCUGCAGGGCAUCUCCCAUGACAACGAAGAUUCCUCCGAAAGUGCUACCACAGUGAUCAGAGCUGUGCUGGACAGUGUCAAGGUGUUGGUUCGACUUGUUGCAGAGAGGCAAGAAGGCUCCGCCCCCUUGUCCCCUGUCCAAUCACAAUCAGAAGGAUUUGGUGACAAGGACACAUCAGACAGCACAUCAACCUGUUUGAUUCCUGCACAGGAUAAUGAAGAAGUGAAGACUGAUUUAAAAAGACUAGAGCCCCCGAUACCAGCGCCUCCCAAACCCCCGAUGCUCCCCCUCCAGGUGACACCCCCUCAAGGAAUGAGUCCUCCAGCUCUCCCUCCUAAAAAACGCCAAACAUCAUCCAUUCCCAGCCCUGCUCCCUGCAGGGUUGCCAUAGUAGCACCCAUGAUACGAGAGCCUGAAGUAUACACAGAAGUUAAACAGGAGUUGGAUGAUGACUGUUUGAAGCGACUCUCUUCUUGUUCUGCUGACUCUGCUGCCCACAGCAUAAACUGUGAGGAUGAUCCAGACUAUGACUUCCUCAACACAGACCUGUCCUCCUCCGAGACACUCCCCCCUUUCCCUGCAUCCUCCUCUCUGGCCCCCGCUCUCCCAGAGAAGAGACGACGCAGCUUUGCAGGAAUAAUCAACUCCCAGACCCCACCCUCCUUUGGAUUUGACUCCACCCCAGAGGACCUGAGCUCUGCAGUCAGUAAAAAUGUCACCGGUCCUGAUGAACCCGUUUCCUCCCCUCUUUCCCCCAGCAAGACCCCUCCCCCCCUUCCCGAGAAGAAACGGCACAUCCAUCAGUAUCUGCAGAUCUGUUCGUUGUACAGUGAUCAGUCUCCAGUCCUAUUCUAUCAGAAGCCUCCGGCUUUAAGUCAGAAAUACAACAACAAACAACGAGACCUAGACGCCACCAAUCAGACACAUAAGACUCACCUGGAAACAAACUUUGCCCCCUCACCUGAGCACCUUCCUGCUCCUGCUCUACCACCAAAGAAGAAACAGCAGGAUUCAACCAACUCAGAGAGUGAAGACUGUCAGAGUGGAGACAGUUCACAGAGUGACCAGCAGGAGGCGGAGCUCAGCCAGAGUAGCAGUGAGGAGGAACUGGUGGAGGAGUUGUUACUGACCAACCAGCAAGAAGUCCUUGACAGAAUCACCAUGAAGUCAGAGGACGAGGAGGGGCCAGAUGUUAAAGCAGCCUCUCCUGAGAUCCUAUUGGUCCAUGCCACAGAAUGCAACGGCACUGAGCAGGACCUGUAUCGUGAGGCCUUCCUCUGCACCUACAGGAGCUUCAUCAACCCCUUUGACAUCAUCAGCAAACUGCAACACAGAUACAGACACCUGUGUGAACAACAGGAAUCUGCAGACGUAACAGCUGCCAAAAACACCUUUCAGCUGCUGGUCAGAGUGGUGGAAGACCUGAGUGCUGUAGAGCUGGAAUCUGAUUUGCUGCUGCUGCUGAUGGAUCUGGUGUCCAGCCUUCUGAUUGUUGGAAAGCUGGGACCAGCCCACCUGCUACACUCCAACAUUCUGUCUAAGAUGGAAAAGAGGUGGCAACUGAUUGGCUCUCAUCAGUUGGUCCGUCCGCUCGCUGCGAAGGGCGUUGCUGCCAGACCAGGAACUCUGCUGGACUUUGGGAGUCAGGAUUUAGCCGAACAGCUGACUCUGCUGGACUCUGACCUCUUCUACAAGAUUGAGCUUCCAGAGGUGUUGCUGUGGUCCAAAGAGCAGAAUGAGGAGAAGAGUCCAAACUUGACAGCAUUUACUCAACAUUUCAACAACGUCUCCUUCUGGGUUCGGUCAGUCAUCAUCCUCCAGGACAAACCUCACGACAGAGAGAAGCUCCUGCUGAAGUUCCUAAAGAUCAUGAAGCAUCUGCGGAAGCUGAAUAACUUCAACUCAUAUCUAUCCAUUCUGUCAGCACUGGACUCUGCCCCUCUGCGUCGCCUUGAAUGGCAAAAAAACACCUCUGAGACUCUGGAGGAGUUCAGCUCCUUGAUAGACAGCUCAUCUUCUUUCAGAGCCUACAGAGCAGCUCUGGCUGAGGUGGAGCCUCCCUGCAUACCUUACCUGGGCUUGAUUCUUCAGGACUUGACAUUUGUCCACCUGGGGAACCCUGACUGCCUGAUGAAUUCACAGGAUUCAAAAGUUAACUUUUCCAAACGCUGGCAGCAGUUCAACAUCCUGGACACUCUGAGGAGCUACCAACAAGUGCGUUACUCUCUGCAGCCUGAUGAUGACAUCAUAUCGUUCUUCAAUGACUUCAGCGAUCACCUGGCAGAGGAGGCUUUGUGGGAACUCUCCCUUAGGAUCCGCCCAAGGAAUACCCCUCGAGUCAGUCAAAGAUGAGGUGAAAUAGUGACAUGUCUUUCAUCUGCUAACCAACCAUGGACCAACAGGAGACGGCAAUGUUCAUCAAACCUGGACACAGACUGGAUUAACCUUUGCUAACAUGGACACCCACAUAGCUUACUGGUUGUAGCAGGUGGAUAAACCUGGUGCUAACCUGAAAUGAACAGCUACACCACUGGAUUGGUGCUCAUAUGGGGAUUGUUAGGGCUAGCAGUAUCUUAACUUUUUGUAAUCAGGGUGAUGCAAUAUCUGGACUGCUCUUAACUCUAUUCUUUAAACAAAUGCAGACUAGACCAGUGCCAAGAAAUAUUAUCCUAACUAGGUGUUGCCACCUAUUGUUUUCUCCUGCAUAAGCCUCAUCACACACACAUCUGCACCACAAGAGGUUCAUGUCAUUUGCUUAAUUUCAGCCUCCUAGUCUCCCCCAUUCCUCCUGUCCAUGGUUUGGAAAUCCUUCACAGCCACAUGUCUAGAUGGACAUCUCACUCCAAAGAAUGCACAAUGAAACCAGCGUUUAAAGGAAGAUCAGAGUAAUAAACUACAAAACUUUUAUUCAGACAUAAAUUGUUGAAAGUUACCGAUUUCGUUCUGUCAAUAUUUGUAAAGGAUGUAUGUAAGAGUGUUCAUUUUUUAUUUAUAUCUUAUUUUUGAUUUUGUACUUUAAUUGAUCCUAACACUGGUUAUCAGUUCAGUCAUCAACUAGCUGUUCUGACUCUGGAUAUGUCCAGGUUGAUGUAAAACUGGCGGCCAUUUAUUCCUGACAGAUGAAAAUCAGCUCCUUCAGCCAAAGCAGGUCAGAAAGAUGAAAGGUCAAAGAAAAGAAAAAUCAAUCUGAUCACAGCCACAUUAAAACAGGAGUUUUAUUGUGUUUUAUUAACUGAAUGUGUUGCAGGUGUGUUGUUGAGGAGCAUGAGAAAGAUUAAUCAUCAGGAAAUUGGUAUGAUUAAACACUGGCUGUUGAAAUAAUCUCAGGAGCUGAUUAAAAAUAAACUGAAAAGCUAAAGAAAAGAACAAUCAUUUUUAUAACACACUGGAGGAAAAGAUUGUAGGAAAUCUUGUCAGUGACAGUUGUUAAAAAUCAGUUCCAGAUCUUUUAUGUAGUUUGCAGAAAUAAACUUUAGGCUAAUCAAUUUUA